CACGUGACGACAUUACGGCAAGCGGGCGCUUCCGGUUCGGUGAACCCAAAUAGUCAACAAAAUAGGACCAGGUGCAAGAGCAUGCGCCGUUACAUUUCUUCACAUUAAAACUGCGGCUGUGAAGAUGUUAGCUCUGAAGUUUGUUCAGGCGGUGUAGCUAACUACUAGCUAGUUAGUUAGUUGCUAUUCAUGUACAGUUGAAUGGUAGAAGCUCGAGCGCAGCUGGGAGUAACCCAUGUGACGGAGGGGAGAGAUGGGCUCCGUCCGCUGGGCUUUCCGCUGCAGGUCCUGGUCACCGAGCAGGACUGAGUGGCUGUUUGCCGCUCGCUGCGUUCAGCCGGAGGAGAAAGACCGGAUCGGACAGUUCGUCUACACCAAGGAUGCCAAAUCUGCGAUGGUGGGCCGCCUUUUGCUCCGGAGGUUCGUGUGUGAGAGGAUGGGGAUCCCUUGGACAGAGAUCCGGCUGGAGCGAUCUCCCCGGGGGAAACCGUACCUGGCUAACCCGCUGAAGAUCAGUCCACAUUUUGAUCGGUCCUGGAGUUUUAACAUCUCUCAUCAAGGGGACUACGUGGUGCUCGCCGCAGACCGGGGCGUCCAAGUCGGAGUGGAUCUGAUGAAGACUUCAAUGCCAGGUAGCAGCUCCGUGCCGGAGUUUUUCCGCAUCAUGACUCGUCAGUUUACAGCGCACGAGUGGAGCAUCAUCCAAUCAGCCGGCUCGGAGCGAGAGCAGCUCGCCACCUUCUACCGCCACUGGACGCUGAAAGAGAGCUUCAUCAAGGCCAUUGGCACCGGUCUGGGCUUCAACCUACAGAGGGUGGAGUUCCACCUGUCACCUGAGCCGCUAAAGCCGGGUUCAGUGCUCCGCCAGACCAAGAUGCUCCUUGACGAGGAGCAUGAGGAGGCCUGGAUUUUUGAAGAGAGCAUGCUGGAUGCUGACCAUCACGUUGCCGUAGCGAUGGGCCUGACGGAUGAAGCCCGCUCCGCAAGGCUUGCUCCUCCUCCCAGCCCAUUCACACUGCUGUCGUUCAGUGAACUCAUCGCCUCUGCCUCGCCGCUGACAGAAGAAGAUCCUGCCUACUGGGAGAGCUUUAGGAUGAAGGUUGAGGCUCCGCAGAGAUGCAGAGAGGCUCAGGCAUCUGCAUAACCGCCUGUCUCCGGCUGACAGCGCCUGCCAUACACAGAUGUACACACAUGCACAAAUGGUGUCGUGUGGAAAAAAGCAAACUUUGCCAUUUCUAAAGUUGAAGUAACAACAGACUUUAAAAUGAAAUGAUGGCAAUGUCAGGUGAUGUAUUUAACAGACUAAUGAAAAAGAACAGGUGGAACAAUUAAGGACGCCAUCAGUGAGUCCUGUAACUAUAUUCUAAUAAAAAACAAUAAAAAGCUGAA